UGUGCGCGCGGCGUCACGCGCUACGUCCUUACCCUGGGCGGGAACAGCAAAAUGGCGCCAGAACUAGUGGCGGGCUGAGGACGCUGGCUCCCCUCGAAGACGGCCCUGCGGUCCCCGGGCCGCCCCGGCCCCUUCCGGACAUGGAGGACGUGGAGGCGCGCUUCGCCCAUCUACUGCAGCCCAUCCGCGACCUCACUAAGAACUGGGAGGUGGACGUGGCGGCCCAGCUGGGAGAAUAUCUAGAGGAGCUGGACCAGAUCUGCAUUUCUUUUGAUGAAGGAAAAACCACCAUGAACUUCAUUGAGGCAGCGCUGCUGAUCCAGGGCUCUGCCUGUGUCUACAGUAAGAAGGUGGAGUACCUGUACUCGCUGGUCUACCAGGCUCUCGAUUUCAUCUCUGGCAAGAAGCGGGCCAAGCAGCUGUCCUCAGUGCGGGAACAGGGGGCGGAUGGGGACGCCAGUUCCGAGGCCCCCCAGGAGGCAGACGACCAGUUCCUGUCGCUAGAUGACCUCCCUGACUCCCGUGCUAAUGUGGAUCUGAGGAACGACCUGCCUCCCCGUGAGAUCCUCAUCGUCCCUCUCCUGCCCAUGGCCCUUGUGGCCCCUGAUGAGAUGGAGAAGAAUGUUAGCCCCCUGUACAGCUGUCAGGGGGAGGUCCUGGCCAGCCGGAAGGAUUUUAGGAUGAACACAUGCACCGCCCACCCCAGAGGAGCCUUCAUGUUGGAGCCGGUGGGCAUACCCCCAACGGAGACACUGCUGCCAAGGAACCAGAAGGAGGCUGAGGGGGCUGAGGAGCAGCCAAUGGAAGUCUGUGUGUGCAGUUCCGUCCCUGCGCUCAGCGCCUCCCAGGAGCCAGGUACCUCUCCGGAAGGCCCGCUGCCUGGAGGUGGGGAUGAGGAUGAGGACGCAGAUGGGGCAGUGGAGCUCCCUGAGCCCAUGGCCCCCGCCGUCCCUCCAGAGCCCCAGGAGGCCAGGAGCCCGCAGCAGAGUGCUGCCCAGCCCAGCAGGUGUGUGCUGCGGGAGCGACGGGAGCCUAUGUCCCUGCUGAAGGAGACCCCAGACCCCUGGCAGAGCCUGGACCCCUUUGACUCCCUGGACGCCAAGCCCUUCAAGAAAGGUAGGCCCUACUCUGUGCCUCCCUGUGUGGAGGAGGUUCCAGGACAGAAGCGCAAGAGGAAGGGUGUCGCCAAGCUGCAGGACUUCCACCAGUGGUACCUGGCUGCUUAUGCCGAGCACGCUGACAGCAGGAGGCCCCGGCGAAAGGGCCCGUCCUUUGCAGACAUGGAAGUCCUGUACUGGAAGCACGUGAAGGAGCAGCUGGAGACCCUCCGGAAGCUGCAGAGGAGGGAGAUGGCGGAGCGGUGGCUGCCGAGGCCUGAGGAGGGGCUGUGGCCUGUGGAAGAGGACCGCCUGGAGGAUUCCCUGGAGGAUCUGGGGGCGGCAGAUGACUUUCUAGAGCCUGAGGAGUAUGCAGAGCCUCAGGAGGCAAAGCGUGGGGAAGCCGCAGACCUGGAAACAGAGGCCGUGCCGGCAUCCCUGAGCUAUGAGGAGCUGGUCCGCAGGAAUGUGGAGCUCUUCAUCGCCACGUCUCAGAAGUUUGUGCAGGAGACGGAGCUGAGUGAGCGCAUCAGGCACUGGGAGGACACCAUCCAGCCGCUGCUCCAGGAGCAGGAACAGCACGUGCCCUUUGACAUCCACACCUAUGGGGACCAGGUGGUCUCAAGGUUCAGCCAGCUCAACCAGUGGUGUCCCUUUGCGGAGCUAGUAGCUGGCCAACCUGCCUUCGAGGUGUGUCGCUCCAUGUUGGCCUCCCUGCAGCUGGCCAACGACCACACAGUGGAGAUCACCCAGCAGCCGGGGCUGGAGGCAGCUGUGGACACCAUGUCCCUGAGACUACUCACCCACCAGCGGGCCCACAAGCGCUUCCAGACUUACGCUGCCCCCUCCAUGGCCCAGCCUUGAGUGGGGAGCCUUGACGCUGACGGGUGGGCUCUGGAGCUCCGUCCCCCGUGGGUGCUGGGCAUCGCGUCUGCUCACUCGACCCUUGUUUCCUGGCUGGCCCAGCCCAAUAAAAUGGUGUUGCCAUCCCA